AUGUCCGCCUCCCGGCCCACCUGGAGGUAUAUCACCUCAAGGGUCGCACUCAAUCAUUGUCCUUCCCGGCAUUACGCUCGCCAUGAAGCGAAGGCUGUCAUUGUCAGCCAACGGAAGCUUAGCUUGAACCAAGCUUACCGCAAAAAGCAUAUGCUCGUGAUACCUGUGUAUGAAGGCAGCGCUCUCCAGCAAUGGGUGACGGCGUACGCCACCUUUGGCAACUAUCUGCCAGGCGGGGUUCUGGGGCCUCGCAAUCUCCGCCCGCCCGGUACUCUGCAUCUGACCGUGGGGAUGAUGACCCUUGACACCAAAUCACGCGUCAAAGCAGCCUGUCGAUUCCUCGAGUCUCUCGAUCUCGACGCCAUUAGGCGCCUGGCGGAUCAAGAGGCCUUCCGACAACACGUCGGGUAUAUCCCCGCCGAGCCCUCGCAGCAAGACAAGCCUUGGGCAUCAUCCCCAGGUACCCGGCCCCGACCACUCACGGUCUCCUUCGAGAGCCUGGUGGGCUUCCCUUCGCCCGAUGCAGCCCGUCACCUCUGCACGGUUCCCGUCGAUCCCACUCUCCGCCUUCACUACUUCUUGAUCUAUCUCCGCCGGAGCUUCCACCAAGCCGGCUUCUUCUGGGACGACCACAGCGACGAGGACGAGAUCUCGGCCUACCGGCUGGAAGAUGAUCGGUCCCCUGCCGAGCCGUCGAGUGACGGGGAGCUGGCUGCGGAUUCCGCAGCAGCGGACCUG